ACCUCACGGAAAUCCUCCGACUCCGACGCAGCAACUCCGCUCUGCUGGACACUUCGGCCGGCGUUUCACUACAUUUAAACACGCAGAAUGCCUCGAGAGCGAGCUUCUUCUGUCUCAACCCACAAGAAGCCUAAAGUUGAUGCGGCAGUCGUUUCUGAUAAAGAUAAUGUCAGCCAGAGGAGGAGCGCAUAUUUGUUGCUGGGGUUGUUUAUAGUUUUCUUUCACGGGUCCUGGUCAGUUUACCGUAUGCAGUUUGCAAAUCUUCCUUUGCCCCUUAAUGCUGAGCAGGCUGGUAAGCGGGGGUUCUCAGAGGCUUCUGCCCUUGAGCAUGUGAAGUACUUGACAGGCCUGGGUCCUCAUCCAGUUGGUUCAGAUUCCCUUGAUCUUGCUGUGAAGUAUGUAUAUGCAGAAGCAGAGAAAAUAAAGAAGACAGCUCACCCGGACGUUGAUGUUCAAUUGGAGCUAUUCCACACAGACAUUGGUGCAAAUCGUUUAACCGGGGGCCUUUUCAAGGGAAAAACAAUCUUGUAUGCAGACCUUAAGCACGUGAUUCUCAGAUUUGUUCCAAAGUAUUUACCGGAAGCUGAGGAAAAUUUGAUUCUUGUCUCUUCUCAUAUUGACACAGUUUUCACAACGGGAGGUGCUGGAGAUUGCAGUUCAUGUGUAGGAGUCAUGCUAGAGCUUGCACGGGGAGUGAGUCAGUGGGCUCAUGGGUUUAAGAGUGGUGUCCUAUUUCUAUUCAACUCAGGGGAAGAAGAGGGUCUUGUCGGGGCCCAUAGUUUUAUAACUCAGCACCACUGGAGAAACUCGGUACGUUUUGCUAUUGAUUUGGAAGCUAUGGGUAUCGGUGGGAAAUCCACACUUUUUCAGGGUACUCACCAAUGGGCUUUGGAGAGCUUUGCCGCUGUUGCGAAAUACCCUUCUGCUCAGAUAGCUAUACAGGAUAUUUUCAAUUCUGGAGCAAUAAAUUCUGCUACAGAUUUCCAAAUAUAUCUUGAGGUUGCUGGUCUUCCUGGCCUUGAUUUUGCAUAUACAGAUAUGACAUCCGUGUAUCACACAAAGAAUGACAAAAUGGAGCAUUUGAAACCUGGAUCCCUUCAGCAUAAUGGAGAAAAUAUGCUUGCCUUCCUAGUACAUGCUGCUUCAUCACAAAAAUUUAUGGAAGAUGCACACCAGGCAAAGCAAGAGAGCAUAGAGCAGAAGAAAGCUAUCUUCUUUGACAUUCUGGGAAAGUACAUGGUGGUCUAUCCACAACGACUAGCAACCAUGUUUCACAACUCAAUAAUAUUCCAAUCACUUCUAAUAUUGGGAACAUUACUGCUUAUGGGCAGAUGCUCUACGCUUGUGUCCUUCGGAAUAUCAUGUUUGAGCAUUAUUUUGACGUUGAUAUUUUCGAUCUUCUUACCAGUUGUGGUUGCAUUUGCCCUGCCACAUAUUUGUCCCUUUCCUAUCUCAUUUGUUGCAAAUCCAUGGUUAGUUAUUGGCUUAUUUGGUUCACCUGCAUUACUUGGGGCAUUCAUUGGCCAACACAUUGGAUUUAUUCUCCUCAAGAAGCAAAUUAAACACGUGUAUUCAAGAACAAAGCCUGGUCUAACUGGUAAUAAGAUGGAUUAUAUUGUUGGUCUAGAAGCUGAGAGGUGGAUUUUCAAAUCUGGUUUUCUCCAAUGGCUCAUAGUUUUGAUACUCGGAACCUAUUUGGAGGUCGGAGCAUCCUAUAUAGCACUCAUCUGGCUUGUUUCGCCUGCCUUUGCAUAUGGCCUUAUGGAAGCAAAACUAUCUCCUCUAAGGUCAUCUAAACAUCUUAAGGUUGUUACAUUGGUCCUGGCUUUAGCUUUGCCAGUUGUGUCAUCUGCUGGUUUGGUUAUUCGCAUGGUUGAUGUGAUGAUUGGCACUAUUGUACGUGCAGAUAGGAACCCCGGUGGACUACCAGGCUGGCUUGGAAAUGUAGGCGUUGCUGUUGUCAUCGCAAUAGUCGUGUCCUUUAUGUUGGUGUAUCUUCUUUCAUAUGUCCAUAUUUCAGAUGCGAAAAGAGCACUUCUUACUGUAUUAUGUGCAGUCUUUGGUCUUUCCAUUGUACUGGUAUCAGGUGGCAUUGUUCCAGCAUUCACAGAGGAUAUUUCCCGUACUGUAAAUGUUGUGCAUGUUGUUGAUACUACGAGAAUGAAUGAUGGAAGCACGGAACCAUUAUCCUAUGUAUCCUUGUUUUCGCACACACCUGGAAAGUUGACACAGGAAUUGACGGACCUUACAGGGGAAGAAUUUUCUUGCGGAAGGAAUAUGACAAUUGAUUUUGCGACAUUUACCAUGAUGUAUGGCUGUAGGAGUUACAAACAGAGCAAUAUUGGGUGGAGCCAACCAGAAGUUCCUGUGCUCCAUGUUGAAAGUGAUUCUGCUACUGAUGAUGCACGUAGAACAGUAGUGUCAGUUGAUACUAAGUCAUCUACUCGUUGGUCGUUGGCAAUCAAUAAACAGGAAAUUAGCGACUUCACUGUUCAUGUGGAUUCAAAUAACUUGGUUGAGCUGGGUGGUAAGAGCAAGGUCGAUGGAUGGCAUACAGUCCGCUUUGCAGGUGGCAAGAGCUCACCAACAAAAUUCAAGUUAACCCUUUUCUGGUCAAGUAAUGCAACACAUGCAUCUGCAGAAGAAGCUAAAUCAGAAGACCUUUCUCCCUUGGUGAAACUAAGAACGGAUGUGAAUAGAGUUACACCAAUGGUUGCGAUGGUUCUUGAGAAGCUUCCUGGUUGGUGUACACCUUUUGGCAAGUCCACGUCUCCCUACACACUGGCUUUCUUGACUGCUCUUCCUAUUGAUAUUUAGGCAAAAUACAUUGUUCGAUCCCCCAAGUUUUAGUUGUUUGAUGUCACAAAUAAAACUUCAGGUCGAGUACUGGUUGUAAUAAAGACUAUGGAAAAUUGAAUGCAGGGAUAUAUUUGAGACAUUCUGCAUUGUCCAUUUGC